AUGUUGGGGCUCUCGCUCGGCCAUCCCCACCAAAACGGGAAAACCUACCAGCUCCACAUCCCGCACGGACUUACGCGGGGCAACAAGGUGGAUGGGAGGUUUAUCUCGUAUUCGGUCGAGUUCUCGUACAUGAAGGAUUACGCGGGCAAUCUCUCACACCCAAACACCCUGUCGAGCCAGCUGCUGCAGAGCCUCUUUGAGGCGUCCGGGUCCUAUCCUCUCAUACGUGUAGGAGGAACCACUCAGAACAAGAACAUAUGGAUCCAGAAUCAGACUGAAGCACUUAUCGAAAUCUUCGAGUCUCCUGGGGAUGAUCAACCGACUUCGUUGUCAGUGGGACCGAGCUGGCUGGAGUCCUUCCAGACGUUUCCUAAUGGCACGCGAUACAUCUAUGGACUCAACUUCAUUGAAGGUGACGCCGGUGUUGAGCAGGACGUGCUGCAGGCGAGUAACGUCGCUGAGGCCUUGGGUGAAAGUCUCUAUGCGUUUGAAAUUGGCAAUGAGUUCGAUGAUAACUGGUCUCUUGAGCUCUACGUAGACGAAUGGUUGGGCCAUGCCACUGCCAUAGAGGACAACAUUACAGCUGCUCAAGAUGAGACCGAGAGACCUCUUUUUCAGGCUGGCGUAUUUGCUGCUGAUUCCGAUUUACCGAUGCAGGGAGACACGCCGUGGACCGCGGAGGCCGCGCUCGAACAUGGUAUUGCUGAAACCGGACUGGUGAAAUCUUGGUCUGAUCAUACGUACAUGGGCGCAAUCUGCGGACUUCCCGGCCAGGAGACACCAACCCUGGAAGGCACAGUCCUCAACCGCACAAACAUGCUCGAGAGGAUGAAGACGCACGAGGAACAAGCAGACUAUUGUGCUGCACACGGCGUGCCCUACGUCAUCGGCGAGACAAACUCCAUUGCCUGCCAAGGCCUCGCCGGCGCCUCCGACGUCUUCGGCGCCGCUCUUUGGGCCGCCGACUACACUCUGCACGCCGCCUCGACCAACAUCUCCCGCCUGCACUUCCACAUGGGCACGCCGUACCGCUACUCUGCCUGGCAGCCCGUCGACAUCAACGACACGGUGGCGCGAGCGAAGCCGGUGUAUUACGGGAACUUGUUCGCGGCGACGGCGCUGGCGGGUGCGGGGAAGAGCGUGGUGAGUCUUGUCAGUGAGGAGUUCUUUUCGGCCUAUGGUGUUUUUGGUGGUGCUGAUGGCGGUGGUGAGGCGGAGCUCGAGAGAGUUGUGGUUGUGAAUUUACGGAUGCACAACGCGACGGAGACGACGCCGCGGGGGGAGAUGGAGGUGGCGUUGCCGAGUCAGAUGGUUGGACGGCGGAUGGGAGUGAGGAGGUUGAAGGGGCGUGGCGCGGAUGUUGCGGAUGGUAUCACUUGGGCAGGGAAGACGGUGGAUGCGCAGGGGAAGCUGGUCGGGGAUGAAGUGGUGGAGGGGGUGACUGGUGAGAGAGUCUGGGUUGAGGACAGUGAGGCGGUGAUUAUUUCUAGUCUGGAUUGA